AUGAAUCUUCUAAUUGAACAACGUCCAACAACAAUAACGUCAAAAAUACAACAAAAACAGCAACAACAAUUAUCAAAUUCAAAUGAUGUUAAUAAUAAUUUAUCAUCAUCACCGCUUAUUCUUAAAAUAAAACGUCAAACGACUAAACAAGAAACUAAUCUUAGUUCAAGUUCGUUAUCAAUGGCUAACGACGAUAAUAAUAAUAAUUCACGUUUAACAACAACAACAACAACAACAACACAUAAUCAACGUUUAAAACGUCCUUUUACAAAUCAAACAACACGUCGAUCAUCGUCACCUGCAUUUAAUAGUAAACAACAAGCAACAAAACGUUCUGUCACAAUUGAUAAUAAUAAUAAUGAUUUAAAUCCAAAUAUUGAUGAUUUAUCAACAAAAAAACGAUUUAAACAAGAUGAUUUAAAUCAAUCAUCAACAACUAAAGUGGAUGCUAGUGUUGAAACAGUCUCUAUUGGUUUGGCUACUGAGCCUGAUCAACUUGGUCCCUGUGAGCCCGGUACCAGCGUUGUUUUAGAAGGCAUCGUUUGGAAUGAAACUGACAAUGGUGUACUCGUUGUGAAUGUAACAUGGCGAGGAAAAACUUACGUAGGCACAUUAUUAGAUUCAACUAAACAAGAUUGGGCUUGUCCGAGAUUAACAUGUGAAUCACCGACUAGCGAUUAUGAUGUUCGUAAUAAUAGUAAAACGAGUCGUACAAAACGUUCGAAUGUCGGUGGAAAUAAUCGAUGUUCAAAUUAUCAAUCAUCAUUUCAACAAUUAUCAUCAACUACAUUUAACUCGGGAUGUGACGAUCGUAAACUACGUAAUAAUAUUAAAUCUCGACAAUCAAAACGAAUGCAAUUAAAUACAAUUGAUGAAAUAACAACAAAUCAUUCAUCACCAUUAACAUCACCAUUUCGAACAAAUACAACAUUUUUUUCAUCAAAUAAUAAUGAAAUACAAUUAAUAUCAUGUCCGGAAUCACAAUGUCAUAAACAAUUUGUAUCAAAUAUUGCAUUACAAUAUCAUUUAAGUAAUUCACAUAAAAAAAUUGAUUCAACAUCAACAAUAUCUAUACAACAAGCAAAUACACGUGAUGAAGAAGAUGUUGCACAUAUUCUUGCUAAUGUUGCUGAUUAUGUUCGACGACCAUCACCACAUUCAUCACCUGAACAUCAACGUCAAACAACAUUAACAUGGCCAUGUCCACAAAUUUCAUCAAAUCUUGUUCGAUCAUCACCAUUAAAUAAUAAUGAACAAAUAUCUAUUCAUUUAUCAACUAAUCCAACUAGACGUAUUCUUAAUAAUAAUGAAACAAAUAUAGAUCAAGAUGAAAUUAAAUCUACAGUAAAAUCAACUGAUCAUUUUCUAUUACAUAUGCAAGAUGAAUCAUCUAUAUCAACUUCGACUUCAUCAUGGACAAACUCAAAAGUUGAUCAAACUCAUAAUAAUAAAAAAUCUGUAAAAAUUCCUACACCACCACCAUCAUCAUCAUCAUCAUUUGUUCCAAUUAAUUUAACUCCAACUAUUCAAUCUCUACCAACAUCAUCAUCAUCACCAGCUUAUUCUGAUAUAUCAGAUGAAGAUUCAACAACAAUAACAAAUGGAAAUGAACAAAAUACACCAUCAACAAUUAAUUUAUUAACAGCAACUAAUGGAAAAUUUGAUGAAAAUGAACAAACAUUAAUUCCUAAUUCAACAUGGACAACACAAAUGCUUCUACAACAAUAUGGUUCUUAUAUGCAACAACAAGCAUUUGUUGAUAAAGAAUUAACAUUGAAUCGUUUGAACAGUAAAAUUAAUUCAAAUAGUACCAGUGAUUCAACUGUAAAAAAUAUUCUUGAUUCACGUCGUUUAUCAACAACAAAAUCAUCUCCUUCAUCAACAACAACAACAACAACAACACCAAUCAUAACAAAUGAUUCAAAUUCAUUAUCAAAUGAUUAUCAAAAAAAUUUAUAUCAUUAUCAUACAAAUGGUAUAUCUAAUGAUUCAAAAUUAUCAUCAACAAUAGUUAAUUCUUUAACAUCACCUAAUGAAAAUUUAUUAAAUUUAUCAACAACAAAUCCAUUAGAUUAUUCAUUACAUAAUACAUCUUCAUCUUCAAUACAUCCGUCUCGGUGA